AUGUCGAAUCUGAGCUACUACGAUCGACAACAACAGCCUCAUCAGCAGCAGUAUGGAGGCCCCCCUGAUCCUGGCUACGGCCCUGGCCCUGGCUACGCUCCUGGCCCUGGCUACGCUCCUGGCCCUGGCUACCCUCCUCAGCAGCCUCCUCAGGCUUACCAACAAGGAUAUGCUCCCCCGCAACAGCCUGGUUACCAACAAGUGAGUUUUGGACCUGUCGAUAAUCGCGCGCAUUCAUUGAAAAGCGACGCUGACUUUACAAUUAUUAGCCCCCUCCACAACAAUACCAGGAACAGCAGCGUGGCGGCAAGGACCGAGGGUGUCUCGGUGCUUGUCUCGCCACCCUGUGCUGCUGCUUCCUCUGCGAGGAAAGCUGCGAGUGCUGCUUUGAAUGCAUCGAGUGCUGUGAAGGCUGCUAGACGGGGAAUCCGAGUUGGAUGA